AGUCACGUCGUUACGCCUCGCUAGAUGAUUGGCGAGGUAAGAUGGCGGCGCCAGAGGAGCCAGAAUUAUCUCAGGCGCAGACAGAAAAGCUCCUUCAAUUCCAGGACCUGACUGGUUUGGAAUCGAUGGACCAAUGUCGUCGCACAUUAGAACAGCAUAAUUGGAACAUAGAGGCGGCAGUACAGGACCGACUUAAUGAACAGGAAGGAAUGCCCAGUGUGUUUAACCCUCCGCCAACCAGACCAUUACAGGUUAACACAGCAGACCAUAGAGUACAUAGUUACAUCGUCUCGAGGCCACAGCCCAGGGGAUUAUUAGGAUGGAGUUACUACAUGAUAAUGCUACCUUUCAGAUUUACAUAUUACACACUUCUGGACAUAUUCAGGUUCGCUCUGCGUUUCGUCCGGCCAGAUCCUCGUGGCCGUGUGACGGACCCGGUGCGUGAUGUCGUGUCCUUCAUGCAUAGUUUUGAGGAGAAGUAUGGACGCUCGCACCCUGUAUUUUACCAGGGAACGUACAGCCAGGCACUGAAUGAUGCCAAACGGGAGCUCCGCUACUUAUUAGUGUACCUUCAUGGGGAGGAUCAUCAAGACACGGACCAGUUUUGCCGCUCCACGUUAUGUACAGAAGAGGUCGUAACCUUCCUCAACACACAUAUGCUCUUCUGGGCAUGCUCAACCAGCAAGCCAGAGGGCUACAGAGUGUCCCAAGCGCUGCGAGAGAACACCUACCCAUUCCUGGCCAUGAUCAUGCUGAAGGACCGCAAGAUGACCGUGGUGGGCCGGCUGGAGGGUCUCAUUCAGCCGGAGGACUUCAUCAACCAGCUCACGUUCAUCAUGGACGCCAACCAGACGCACCUGAUGUCGGAGCGCCUCGAGCGGGAGGAGAGGAGCCAGACGCAGGUGCUCCGGCAGCAGCAGGACGUGGCCUACCUCGCCUCCCUCCAGGCCGACCAGGAGAAGGACCGGAAGAAACGGGAGGAGGAGGACCAGAUACGGCAAGAGGAGGAGAAGGUCCGACAGAGCGCUCUCGCCGAGGAGCGCAGACAACGAACCCUCGAGGAGGAGAAGGAGAGGAAGUCCGAGUGUCUUCCCCCGGAGCCGCCGGCAGAUGAUGCAGAAAGUGUCAAAAUCGUGUUCAAGCUGCCCAACGACACGCGAGUCGAGCGCCGGUUCCUCUUCGGCCAGUCUCUGACGGUAAUUUACGACUUCCUGUUCUCUUUGAAAGAAAGCCCCGAGAAGUUUCAGAUCAUCACAAACUUCCCCCGUCGGGUCUUGCCGUGCCUUCCGACCGAAGAGCGGCCCAACCCCCCCACGCUGAAGGAGGCGGGACUCAGUCGCUCUGAAGUCCUUUUUGUUCAGGACCUAACAGACGAUUGAUGGAUGACGUGCACUCCUGUUUUCCUCCAGAUCCCAACCCCCCCCCCCCUUUUUGUUUUCUUAUUUUGUUAAAUGGCCAUUAUGCACACAAGUUAUCAUUCAAGAUUAAAUCAUAACCUGGAGAGAAGAAACAGACCCACAUGUAACCACCCUGCAUCCAGUCCUUGUUUGGUUGUGUGUGUGUGUGUGUGUGUAUACAGGGUUCCCAGUAGCCUGGAAAGUCUUUAAUUUGAUCAAAUAAAUAUUUCUUGAAAUCGUUCCUGGAGCUCCUCUUUGUAUCCGCGUGGACAAAGAAGUUUGUUUUCCAUUUUCUCUGCUAGCUAGCAAAGUAAUUAUCGUCCUUCUCUCACCAGGAAUGUUAGCAUCAUAAAUCACCUCCUGACAUUCCCUGGAAUGUUAGCGUAGCUUCAUGCUAACCUAGAAGCCCAUCCCAACUCCUUAUGUGGGAGCAACUGUCACCGGCUGCUGGUCUCUCCCAGCAUGCAGUGCGGCGCGGUAGAAGCGAGGGAUUCCACCUCGGACCGGAUGUGAGCCACGUGGUCCACGAUGACGGCCGAGCUCAGUGCUGGUCUUGAGUGGUUGUCAUGGCGACGAUGGUUAAUCCAUGUGGUGGUGAGAGCUAAUGCACUUGUAGGCAGCAGGAGAGUGGAUUUGGACUUGAAGUCAAUAUGGGAACCCUGUUGUUAAAUGAGCCAUGCCCUGUACAUAUGUUUAGAUAUUUAAAAUCCCCACAUGUACCUUUACAUUUUUCUUUUUUAAAUGUUUUUCUUUGACUCGUGUCAUAAAAUGACCAAAUGCAGGUUGUUUACUCUGAAGCAGACCGCCUCGAGCGACUGCAGGAAACACGAUCCUUACGGAGGCCACAGUUUUGCAGCCGUCUGCCGUAGCGCCUGUGAUUACUCGCCACGCCCGCUUCACCUGUAACACCUACAUGGGCUCGUAUGAAAAGACUAUAAAUUAAAGAAUUUAAAAAAUG